AUGGAAAAAGCAAUUCGAGUUAUAUAUGUUGCUAGUUUGGAUUUAUUUAAUCGUUGUCAUGGAAUGAAUUCUUUAGGACAAUCUCAUAUUGGUGGAGUUGUUGUUGUUUAUCGUUAUGGACAAAAUACAUCUCGUAUUAAAUCAUUUAUUGAUAAAAAUUCUCUGAAAAUUUCUUUUAUUUUAUUAGAUAAUCAAGACGAUUAUAAAUCAUAUGAUAUUAGUUCAACAUUAAUUAGACAAAAACUUAAAUUAAAUGAAAAUUGUUCUCAUUUAACUUAUAAUUCUGUUUUAGAAUAUCUUCAAACUAUACCAAAUUAUUAUUAA